AUGGAGUCGGAAAGUUCAAAUGGGUUCAAACGGAACUCCGUACACCAGGGGGUCUACAGUCGUCCGGUGGAACGGCGACCGAGCAAAAAGUCCUCCUCUAAGGACCGUCAUGGCAUGGUAUACCCGGAUAGCUUCAGGGACAGGGGCAUCCGGACGGUGACGCCGGACUCCACCUCCGAUGCGGGCCACCAUUCGCAUUCGCCCGUGUCGGAGGCGGAGUAUCUGUCCUCAGGCGCCGCUGCGACCUCGCCCCGUGUGACCCCCCGAACCCGACCCCUCGACCUCGAGUCUCACCAUCGCGACUUUCACUCCUAUUAUUCCGCCGGGGACGAGGACGAGGCCGUCAUGGAACCGAGGAGCCUCCGGGCGCGGUCCCAGACCACCACCCUGGAUGACCAACGCAGCGAGAUCUCCUCCAGCUCCUUCUUGAACCGGACGCGGAAUCCCCUCGCUCCUCUCAACGCCACCGCACCCCCGUCCAAGACGCCCGAUGAGCAGCAAACAUCGUCCAUUGGAUAUCCGUCCGUCCUUGCAUCACCGCCAUCGGCCCGUCGACGACCCAGCAAGUCCGCCGGGACCUCGAGUUUGCUGGCCAGUGUGUCCGCCGCCGGCCUCUCGAACAGCGAUGCUUCCAAGAUCCUGAAACUCAUGAAGGACACCUGCGGCCGGAUGCAUGGGAUCCUGUCGUUCCGUACCGCUAACACCACCGCCUGGACCUCCGGCUACUGCGCCAUCAACGUCGCGACGGGGAGCCUGAUCUACCAGGCCAAAGGCGAGCCGGCGCUGGCAAAGACCCUCAUUCCGGACCUCCGCGGCUGCCAGGUUCGCUCCCGCGUGGAUCCCGAGCAACGCACCAACUAUCUCAGCGUCUCCACCUUCACCUCCGGCCUGGGCGUCGAACUCAAACCUCACGUCAGCGAGACCUACGACUCGUGGCUGGCCGCGCUCCUGUGCUGGCAGCCCAUCCGCCCCAAGGGCGUCCAGAACAAGAUGACCAAGCCGCAGUCGGUCGCCAUCGGCGACCGUCGCGUGGCCGAACACCGGCGGAACUCGGAGAGUACCGUCCCCAAAGAGGCGGCCAUCAUCAAGGUGGGCAAGAUGCUGCUCUGGGACCGUCCGAGUGCGUCGGGCGCCCGACCCACCUCCGCCCGCCGCGUCUCGACCUACCGACAGCAGCGGGCGCUCUCGUCCUCGUGGCUGAAGGUCAGCUGCACGUUGCAGGAGAAUGGGGUCUUGAAGCUGUUCACCGAGUCCGACAUUACCCUGGUGGCCUGCAUCCAGCUGUCCCAGCUCUCCCGGUGCGCCAUCCAGCAGUUGAACCCGUCCGUCCUCGAAGACGAAUUUUGCAUUGCCAUCUACCCCCAGUACGCCGCCCACUCCGUGUCCGGAUUGACGCGGCCCGUCUACCUCGCCCUGGAGAGCCGCGUCCUGUUCGAAGUGUGGUUUGUCCUCCUGCGCGCCUUCUCCAUCCCCGAGCUCUACGGCCCCGAAAACUCGAUUGAAGAUCGCCCUACCCGGGCCCCGACCUCCGGCGACACCGCGGUAGCAUCCACCACGGACAUGUUCCGCAUCGAGAGGGUGCUCACCGUGGGAGUGACCGAGGCGAAAAUGUUCAAGACCGCGACCGACGAGCUCCCGCGCAGCCGCAAGGCGUCCCGGUCCCAAAGCCAGUCCACCACGACCUCGGCCGUCGACGACUACUACACCGAAGUCCUCCUGGACGGCGAGAUCCGCGCCAAGACGGCCGUCAAGUUCCGGACGGCAAACCCCUUUUGGCGCGAAGACUUUUCCUUCAGCGAUCUCCCGCCGGUCCUGUCCCAGGUCUCGAUCCUCGUCAAGGCGCUCAACCCGACCCAGAAGGAUUGGUCCCUGACCGCCCUGGGAUCCUACGCCCUAUCCCAGGACGCGAACGCCGCCGGGGUCGACGACGUCGACAUCUCCUUGUCCUCGCAAGAUACCACGUACGGGAGAGUCGACCUGCGGCUCGAUGAUCUGGAGCCCGGGGUGAAAACCGAAAAGUGGUGGCCGCUCCUGGACGAGCGGGACCAGGCCGUGGGGGAGAUGCUGAUGAUGGUCCGCAUGGAGGAGGCGGUGGUCCUCAUGGCACACGAAUAUACGCCCAUGUCCGAACUCCUGCACUCCUUCACCAACGGGCUCACCAUCCAGAUGGCGCAGCUCCUGUCCUCCGAACUGAACCAGCUCGCCGAAGCCCUAUUGAGCAUCUUCCAGGUCUCGGGCUCAACGGUGGAGUGGAUCGCGGCGUUGGUGGAAGACGAGAUCGACGGGCUGCACAAGGAGUCGACGGCGAAUCGUCUCCGGUAUACCACGCGCAUCCACUCCAACGAUUCCCGGGAGACCGGCCAAGAGCGGGAGGUUCUCGUGCGAGAUCUAGGCCGCACGGCGACGGUCGAAGCGAAUCUUCUCUUCCGGGGGAACUCCAUCCUCACCAAAGCGCUCGACCUCCACAUGCGCCGACUGGGCAAAGAAUAUCUGGAGGAGACGAUCGGCGAGCGGCUCCGCGAAGUCGACGAGAGUGACCCGGAGUGCGAAGUGGACCCGUCCCGCGUCCAUAAAGCGGAUGACCUCGAACGCAAUUGGAGGACCCUGAUCGCUCGCACCACCAGCAUCUGGAAAGCAAUCGCGAACUCCGCCUCUCGAUGCCCUCCCGAACUCCGACUUAUUUUCCGACAUAUUCGAGCGUGCGCAGAUGAUCGGUACGGCGACUUUCUGCGGACGGUCACCUACAGUAGCGUGUCUGGGUUCCUCUUUCUGCGGUUCUUCUGUCCGGCGAUCUUAAACCCAAAGCUCUUUGGAUUGCUCAAGGAUCAUCCUCGUCCUCGCGCCCAACGUACUUUGACCCUGAUCGCAAAGGCUUUGCAGGGACUGGCCAACAUGACCACGUUCGGUAGCAAGGAGCCGUGGAUGGAGCCGAUGAACCGGUUUCUGGUCGGUAACCGGGCAGAUUUCAAGACUUUCGUGGAUUCGAUAUGUGCGAUCCCGGCCGAUCGACCGACGCCGAUGGUCACACCCUCGUACGCCACGCCCAUCCAGAUCCUCGGUCGUCUGCCUCCCACGUCCCGCGAAGGGUUCCCGAGCCUUCCGUUCUUGAUCGAUCACGCCCGGAGCUUCUCCACUUUGAUCCGAUUGUGGCUUGACAUAGCACCGCACCGGCUGACCGAGCUGGAAAGUAUUGAUGGGUGCCUCCAGAAGUUCAAUGAGCUGGCCACGCGUUUCCAUCAGCGGACCAAGGAGUGCCUCGGCCGCGCGGAACAAGCGGAACGGCCCAAUGGAACCCUGGAGAUCAAGUGGGAAGAGCUGGUCGACUCGAUGGAACGGUCCGCCACCUUUUACGACGAUAGCUCGAAGCCUACCACGCCCGCCACCGAGACCGCCGCCGCCGAGACCGCCGCGGCGGGGAGUCACCGCAACUCGAUCGGGUUCUUCACCUCGCGGCCGUCGCUGCCCCGACGGUCGACGGACUGCGCCCCCGAGGCCGAUGAGGAUACCCCGCCCAGCUCAUCGUCGGCGACCUGGGACCAGGGGCGGGUGCCGUUCUCCCUUCCGCGGUGGUCGGACACGCGGGAUAGUACCGGAAGCUCGAAGAACUCGUCUACCUACUCUCUCGACUACCACGAGACGACCAAGGCGCGCCGAUCCAGCCUGUCCCGCGACACGUCCAGCAAGUACCGGAUCUUCGACUUUGUGCCGGCGCCAUCCCGGCGCAAAGCCAAGGAGCGGGAGGCGGCACAGUCACGCGAAGAUUUAUGA